UCUUUCAUUAGCUCUUGAAAUUGGCGCAUGUUUGGAAAUUUUUGGUGGAAAAAUCGACAAAAAAUAUAUUUUUUUAUAAAAAUCUGGAAUAAAAUAAAAAUUUGAAGUGCUAAGUUUUAAUAAUUCAAAAAUUUAUUUGGAUGUUCAAUAAAAAGUCUAUUGUGCAAAAAACCAAAAGAAAACCGAAUAAUCGCUGAAGGAUAAUAAGGAAAUAAAAUAAAAAAAAUCUAAAGGGAUUUGGUGCAGCAAAAUUUAGUUACAAUGCAGCAGCUGGCCAAAGCCUUGCUAUUGGUUGGUCUCCUCGGCAUUACGGCGCAUGCCAAGACCAUAGUCCUUGCAAAGGAUAAUGUGACGUCACACUUGAUGUUACAUGGAGGCGGUGGCGGCGACGGCGGAGAUGGCAAACCUGCCGUAACUGCGCCAGCAUCAGAAGCUGGAAACCUUGAUAAAACUGUAGACCUUUCGACGCCAUCGAGUGCAGUUGAAGAUUGGAGUUUGGUGUGUCAACAGCUCUGCGGAGCUGCUUUAGGCGGCACCGCUUGCUCCCCCUAUUGUAAAAAUAAACCAGUUUUACCCACGAAAGUGCAAAUCGAAAAUGCCAACACCCUUCUAAUGGAUUCCAAGAAACAAUUCAUGUGCCCUCGGCUAUGUGGAUUACAGUUAGGCGAUGGUGUUUGUACAUGUCAAAAUUGGACAUUGGAUAAUUUGAAACCAAUGAAAAAUGUAGCAGAUUCAAAUGUCUGUUCCUUAUUCUGUGAUGUCCAUAAUGUCACACUGGCCGGCUGUAGUCCCUGCAACGCUUCAAACCAAAUGAGUGUUGACACCACCAAUGCUGUUCCAAUGUCGAAAGGAGAACAAUUGGCAAAUAAAAUUGCUGUCCUGUCAGAUGUGCGUGAUGUGAUCACCACUACAACGACCACAACACCAAAUUGGAAUGAGCUGUGCGCUUCUUUGUGUAAAACUGGUGAUGGCGGGUCAUUGUGCAAUUGCGAUUUGUCGCCAUUUUUUGCCUAGAAAAAAAAAAAAACGAAGGGCAAGGAUAUUGGGUGAUGAAUAAAAAAUUAUUAUUUUGGAUUUUUUCUUAAUUUUUAUGAAUUUAGAUUUUUUUUUUAAUAUUUUGAUAGUCUUAACUUUUGAAAAAAGUGGACUUUAAACUUUGUUUUUAAAUUUGUAAAAAUUUUUUGUUAUAUAAUUUUGAAUUUUUUUCUUAUGUAAAUUUCAAUUAUUAACAUGAAAACUUGUUCAAUUAUUUUUGUCUACAAAAAAUAUUAAUUUUUAACUUUAAAAGUAUAUACUGCUAUAUAACAAAAAAAAAAACACAAUAAGAUUUAACAAAAAAAGUGAACGUAAUAAACUAAUCCCUAUGCGCAUCAAUUAAUUUGUAAUUAAUUUCAAUUAUAACUAACAAAACAACAACAACAAGAAAAAAAUAAUCAUACAUACAAAAAAAAAUACUAUAUACAUAAAAAACAUUAUAUAUACAUAUAUUGUUAAACGAUAGUGUUUACAUAUCCUUUUUUUGGGAUUGUUAAUAGAAAAAGGAUUUGAGGAUUUGGAAAAAUUUUGAUUUUUAAAUUUUUAUUUUUAAAAGAGUAAAGCUUUUCAAAUCCUUUUUUUAACUUAACACUAAAGAAAUUGAAAAAAAAAUUAACAACAAAAUCACUAAAGGGCUUCCAGGUGAAAUAGUUUGUAAAUGUCAUCAACCUCCAUUUGAGGCAUUGAGUGCACAUCGACAGCUAGGCCACUAUUUCUUUUAGUAGUUAUGGGAAAUCAGUUAUCCUCUUUUGCAGGACAUGCUGAUCUUCUCACAUAAAAUAAUAAUUUAUAAAAAAAAACCAACCAACAAUUAUCAUAUAUACAACAUAUCGUCGUCACACUGUUGAUAAAUGCAAAAAAAUAUUUAAAAAUUAAAAAAAAAAAAUAAAAAAAAUGUUUUUGUUUCCAUUUUAGUUUGUUAAUGGAAUCAGCAUAUCAAUUAACAAAAAAAUACAUUUUGUUUUUAAUUUCUAUCUAAAAUAUAUAAUACAUAUAUAUGUAUGCCAAAAAAAAAAAAUUAAAUCUAUACAUAAUCUCUUUAUAUAUAAAAAUAUACACAACAUUCAUUACUUAACAUGUCACGAGAAAGCAUAUUAUGUCAUGACAUAACAUGGCAUGCUAUAAAAUGACGUGUUAUAUAUAUAAAAUGAGGUGUUAUAAUAUGGCAUAUUAUAACAUUACAUGGUGUAACAUUACAUGGUAUAACAUGACAUGGUAUACCGUAACAUAGCACAACAUGGCAUCAUAUAAGAUGGCAUGGUAUAACAUGACAUUGUAUAACAUUCCAUGACAUGUCAUAACAAUUUAUCGCCAAAUGUUAGCCAAGAGUUCAGCGUUUUUCCAAAAAUUACAUUUAUCCAUUGACCCAUGAUCUUGGUAUUCAGCUGUUUUCUUUAAAUUAUUGAUGUUGUGUUUUGUAAAAUUAGAAAAAAAGAGAAAAUAUAAAAUUUUCCAAAUUUACACCAUGUUUUCUUCAAGUGUAUUGUCAAAAAUCGAACAUAUAAUACAUACUAUAUUAAAAUUUCAUAUAAAUACAAAAAGCUCAUAAUCUAGCAUACAUAUAUGUCAUAUAUGUACAUAAGUAUGUCAAACAAUAACCUCUUAAAAAACAAAACUUAAAAUAAAAACAGAAUUGUCAACUGGAAUUAAAUAAAAAAAAAAAUUGUUAUAAAAAAAGAGAGAUUAAUUUUGAAAAAAAAAAAGAAAAUUAAAAAUUAGCUAAAUUUUAUUAUCAUAUUUUUAUGUUGGAAAAGAACGGACCCUAAAGGCCAGUUUCCACGGCAUGUCAGAAGCAUGUGUAAAGUAAUUUUUAAACAUUUUAUGAAUAACUUUUUUGAGGCAGACUUUAAAGGUUAAGCUUCUUAAAGCAGUUAUAAAAAAUAAAUGUAGAAAAAGUAGCUUUACAUAUGACUCUAAAAUUAUGUGUAUAUUAGCCUUAAGUUUGGUUUGUGGGAGGCAACUUUUGUUUAUUUUUUAUGUUGACACACUUGCCUUCUCCAAAAUAUAUUCCCUUGAAUAUUCUUAUUAGGUAUGCAAAUGAUUCAAAUUGAAAGACAACUGUUGCUGUUGAGUGCUUUAUUACGAGUGAAACUUAUUCUACUUACACAAUACAUAUGGAAAACUUAAAGCAAAGAACCAAUCUAUGUACAAAGCUAUAGGUGUCGCACAUUGCGAACUCAUUGCAAUUCCUCUUUCGAUCGACAUUGCAAGAUAUUCCUAUUUUCUGUUAAAAGUACUGGGGCUUUUGCCAUCAUUCUUCGGAUAUCUCACCAAUUUUUUGGGCUUCUGAAUAUAAAUAGUUUCCUAUAGGACAUCUGAAAAGACAAUAUCAUUUUUAAUUACCAAAGAUGGUAAGAUCCUCUAUGUAGAAGAUAUUGAAAUAAGGACUUCUGGCGAUAGGAAAAUCUACUUAGUUGGGCUUUUAAAGAAAGAAAAUCUUCUUCUUUCCAAUGUAGAAACUUCCCAUAAGUAUUUCAAUUAAGGAAAUAUCCUUUAAAAUUUUUCAUUGGAAGAAAUUUUUCUUACUCAGGUCUUUUAUGGCAAGAUAUAAAUAUAAAUCCCCAUUCAGAUCACCAUGUAAAUAUUUCGUUCUCAUGUUUUCUAGAACCAUAUUUAAGUAUGGUAUUCCAGAAUCAAUACAUAAUAUUGAAUUGACCCAAAGUUCUUAAGAUCUGGUAUAGUAUCAUUUGCCAAAUAUGGGGAUCUUAGUAUAGCAAAAGCUGGGCUAUGACAGAGAAAAUGCUUCAUCGUUGCACAUCCUUUUUAAAAAAUAUGCUUAUAGACUAAGAUGACGUGACAAAAAGCCUGUCAAUCUAUUUUUUCUCUGAUUUAUUUGAUAGUAUUCAGCUUGAUGGGGCCAUUUCCCAACUUUACUAAGGUUGACCACCACGGAUGCACAAUCCCUGGUCAACCCUUCUGCCAGCAACGAAUUCCCGCUGCAACGAUUUCCACUUGCAUCUAUGGCUAUAGCAGACUUCUUUCUCUGUUGGUUAUAAACAACUACUACAACACUGCAUUUCUCUAAUUUAGGGUAAUUGGUAUUUCUCCACGAGCAAUAUUCUCCAACAUAUAAAUGACACGGGCAAUAUUUUACAUCAACAGCAUAAUCUAGCUCCAAUAAUUAUUCGCACCAUUUCCACGGGUAAUAAUCCAAUUACCUCCAUUUUACUCUGGCUCCACAAAUAUGUUAUUCGAAAUGAAAGACCUUUUCAUUCGCAUGUCUGAGAAUUAGUAUUUCGUAUUUUCGUUAUGGCUAUCCAGAAUCAAUACAUAAUGUUAAAUUAUCAUAAGGUCCUUUAACUUAUAAAUGUCGUCUUCCAUUGUGUAAUUAAGAUCUCAUAAUGUUCCAAUGAAUAUUUCUCCUUGGUUGCGAAAGUGGACAGUACCUUUUCUCUUGCACUGAUGUGUCUCUUGUAGCUCUGGGCGCAACCCGGUUAGGGUCUUUGCGUUUUCCGUUUUGUAAAGAGCCGAAUCUUAUUCUCGCCCCUAGUUCCAUGCCAUCCGUUUAGCAACAUAUUUCCAAAAGUAUUUAUGUUCGAGUUCUAUUAAUUCACGAGUAUCUGUCUGUCCAAAAAAAUUCUUGAUUUUGGACGCUAUAGCUCUAAUAGCAACUUUAUUAUCCGUAACAAUGUUCACAAUAGCUGAUGUCGAGUUGGCACGAGCCAGUUUAGAGACUCGGUAAUUGCUUGGAUAUCAGUCUGAAAGACGGUAUUAUGAUCCGGUCGGUAAAGGGAUUUUCAACGAUAUAACUUCCGUAAGGAUGUUUCAGUAGCUAAUCUUGUGUGGGUACUAAGUCACUUUUGAGACACUGUAAUUUGAAUUUGAAGCCUCUGCAGUUGAUUGACAAAAAGAACCAGUCCCGUUCUCGUCACUUGCUUCGAUUUCAGAACUCAUUUCUGCUAGAGUUCCAUUAAUCCACGAGUCUCUGUUUGGUAAAAAUGUUUCACACAAGACAGCUAUAUAUCAAUCGGGAAACCAUCGGUACACCGGGUAUGUUUAUUGUAACUGGCGUUGACUUUUUUGUGCCCGUCACCUUCUCAGAGCAUAAUUUCAAGUCUUUCUGACUUGGUGGACAAAUGUUGAGAAAACAAACCAACUGCUCUAUUCGGGUGUAGUUUCAAAUCUGAUAUUGAAUGAACCAAUCGAUAUCUGUGUUGGAGGGUCAUAACCUUUAUUAUCUUACACAUUAUCGUAUGCAACAGCUCACAAGAUCGCACAUAUGGUAUUUUAUGCGGCCAAUAAACAGAUAAUUAUAGAAUAUUUAUUUUGGAUUGUUAGAUUUUCCCAGCGCCUCAACAGUACUCAAACACAAAAUCCAAAAAUUGUUUAUUACAACUUAAGAUACUUCACAAAUUGUUGCAACUGAAAUUUCUUAGGUACGCUUAUUGAUUGCAUUUCAACAUCCUUUCUCUUCAACUUCUGUGUGGCAACUGUUUAUGAUCGCCAAGUUCUUGGCGUCACCUUACUCAGAGUUUAGCAAGUCGUCACUUUGAGUCGUGCUUCCUCGGCUGUGUUGCUAAUAUUUCUAAGGCAAAUUAGAGAGUAGCAAAUGUGGUUGAGCAGAGAGGCGAACAUUUUUGGUCUCCCAACUUUUUUUUUGCUCUCUGAUUGUGUACGUUGAGAAUUUCGUUUGUUAAUCUCUUAAAAUUUAUGGUAUUGAGAAUAUCGUUGGCUUUUUAUUUGUUGUAAUAUUGAAAUUUGAGCAGCAUAAAUUUCAAAAAUUACAAUUUUAAAAUAUAAUAAUUAUUUUUUAUAUAUUUAUUUUAAAAUAUUUUAAAUUUGUUAUACUUUUUUAAAUAAAAAUUUCGUUUGAUUCCAUUUGACCUCUCUGUUUUUAAUUUAAAAUUUUGAAAAAAAAAAUCAUUAAAAAUUUGUUUUUAAUCUAUAAUAAAAAAUAUAUACAAAAAAAUGUUUUGGAAGACAUUAAAAAAUAAUAACAAUUAUAAAAAUUUAUUAACAAAAAAUAAAUAAAAGUGAAGACAAUUUUCGAUUUGCUCAAAAAAAUAACAACAACCAGCAACAAAGUCAAUAAAAAAUAUGUGUAUUAUAUAAAAAAGAAAUAUUUAAAAAAUAAAUAUUGCAAUUAUUAACUUGUGGAAGACAUUUUAGUAAUAAAUUUAAAAAUAAAGAAAAAUUAGGAAUUAAGUAAAAAUUAAAAAAAUCAACAUUUUGAUUAGACUUGCCAUUAAAUAAUGAGGUCUGCAGACAGAAAUGUUCUAAGCUGUGACUGACAAUAAUUAAUAUUUAAGGCGAGCGAGGUUAAAAAAAUACCAACAAUAAAUAAAUGCAAAUGCCACGCAAAAAAAAAAAAUAAAACCAAAAAAAAUUAAUAUAUAAUUUUUUUUUAAAUUUAUUCCAAAAAAAAAAAUUUUUUUUUUUUUGAAAAUUGCACGCAUAUUUAGCAACAAAACAAAAUAAGGCACUUUAAAAUUUUUGAGUUAUGAAAAAAUAUUUAAAAAAAAAAAUAAAUAAAUAAAAUAAUAAAAAAAAAAAAAAAUCAAAAUUAAAAAAAUAAAAUAAAAACCAAACAAGCAAACAUUUUCUCAUCACAUUUAACCAAAACACACACACAAUAAGCACGAAAGAAUAACGGGAAUGCACGUCUUGCGUAGUUCAAACUCUAUAUGGAAUAUAAAAAAAAAUACAAACUAAAUAUAUACAGAAUAUAAUUUAAAUAAUUUCCCCCCAAAAAUUAAAAAAAGAAACAUUACAAACAAAAACAAAUUGCCAAACAAUGUUAUGCCACCAACAAAAAAAAAAAAAAAUUAAUAUCAAAAAUUAAACAACAAAAAAUAUGGAAAACAAAAAAAAA